GUUGAUGUUUCUGCCUCCGACUCUAAAACAUGUGAUCAGCGGGUCGGCGUGGAUGUUAAUACAUGACCCCAGGCUUCCACUCAAACGUCGGCUUACGGAGGGAGGCGCCCUGGAAAAGCCGCGGUCGCAGAGAGGGGAGGCGACGGGAGGAGAAACGAUCGGGGAGCGCUCUGCAGCUUUGGCGCCCUCGCCUUUUGCGCCUCAAUUAUGCGAGACGCAGCAACCGCGACCGUGAGAGAGGAGAAGCGUUCGGCGGACGAGAACCGGGGCACGGAGGCAGGGCAGCCGGGAGAGGAGGACGUCUGACAGAUAGGAGGGACCUCUGCAGCAGGAUCCCCACUGUGCUGAACACAGAACUGCGUGACUGGUCUGUGCGAGCAGAGGGAGAGGGAGGAGAGGAGGGAGCAAGGUAGGAAAUAAAGAAGGGGGAGGGGAGGCAGUGCGGUGCAGUGCUGGCUUGACUGGAUGAGUAGCAGCCGUGGCACAGGCAGCAGCAGCAGCAUCAGCACCACUAGCUGUAGCAUCUCUCUCCGUGGCUGCUGGAGGCUGUCGUCUCGCGGCUGCCGGGGCAUCGGCAUCCUCCGCACACAGGCGUGAGGACACAGACGCGCGCGCCGCCCGCCUUCCACACACAUGUCGUGGCGGCCACCAGAGAGGAGGUAGUGAGUGACGGUGCUCGGGGGACAGGGGGGGGGGGGCACGGGAGGAGAAAACAGGGACGACCGGUAGGAGGACUGGAGCAGCAGCAGCAGCGGCAGCAGCAGCAGCAGUGACAGCGGCACCAUGGCGCAAGCCGCUAAGCAGCUCCGCAAGACUAAGGACCUCGCUGAGGCCGCCGCCCAGGAGCAGCGGGAGAAGGAGGAGGAGAAGAUCAAAAAGAGAAAUCGAUCCAGGGACCGCAAGCGCAGGGCCGACGCAGCCACCAGCUUUCUGCGCGCGGCCCGAUCUGGGAACCUGGACAAGGCUCUGGAUCACAUCAAGAAUGGCAUCAACAUCAACACAUCUAAUCAAAAUGGUCUCAACGGGUUACACCUCGCCUCUAAGGAAGGUCACGUCAAAAUGGUCUUGGAGCUACUACACGCUGGCAUCGAACUUGAAGCCACCACCAAAAAAGGGAACACGGCUCUUCAUAUCGCGGCGCUGGCGGGGCAGGAGAAGGUGGUGGCUGAGCUCGUCAACUACGGUGCCAACGUUAAUGCCCAGUCACAUAAAGGAUUCAGUCCUCUCUACAUGGCAGCGCAGGAGAACCAUUUAGAAGUGGUCAAGUUCCUGCUUGAGAACGGCGCCAAUCAGAGUCUCCCGACUGAGGACGGCUUCACUCCCCUGGCUGUGGCCCUCCAGCAGGGCCAUGAAAACGUUGUGGCGCUGCUCAUCAACUACGGCACCAAAGGCAAAGUCCGACUCCCCGCGCUACACAUCGCUGCACGAAACGACGACACUCGCACCGCUGCCGUCCUCCUGCAGAAUGACCCCAACGCUGAUGUACUCAGCAAGACUGGUUUCACACCUCUCCAUAUUGCAGCUCACUAUGAGAACAUGAGCGUGGCCCAGCUGCUGCUGAACAGAGGAGCCAACGUAAACUUCACCCCUAAGAAUGGCAUCACGCCCCUUCAUAUAGCCUCCAGGAGGGGCAAUGUGAUGAUGGUCAGACUCCUGCUGGACAGAGGAGCUCAGAUUGAUGCCAAAACAAAGGAUGAGCUGACUCCUCUCCACUGUGCAGCCAGGAAUGGUCACGUCCGUAUUAUUGAGAUCCUGCUGGAACACGGUGCUCCCAUCCAGGCUAAAACAAAGAACGGCCUGUCCCCCAUCCACAUGGCAGCUCAGGGUGAUCACAUGGACUGCGUCAGGCAGCUACUGCAGUACAACGCUGAGAUCGACGACAUCACCCUGGACCACUUAACCCCUCUUCAUGUAGCGGCCCACUGUGGUCACCACCGCAUGGCUAAAGUUCUGCUGGACAAGGGGGCCAAAGCCAACGCACGCGCCCUGAAUGGUUUCACACCUCUCCACAUCGCGUGCAAGAAGAACCACAUGCGAUCCAUGGACCUGCUGCUCAAGCACUCAGCUUCUUUAGAAGCUGUCACAGAGUCGGGCCUCACUCCUCUUCAUGUAGCGGCGUUCAUGGGCCAUCUGAACAUAGUGAAGAACCUUCUUCAAAGAGGGGCUUCACCUAAUGCUUCCAAUGUGAAAGUGGAGACUCCUCUCCAUAUGGCCUCCAGAGCAGGACACUGUGAAGUUGCUCAGUUCCUGCUGCAGAACGCAGCGCAAGUGGAUGCGAAGGCUAAGGACGACCAGACACCUCUACACUGUGCGGCCCGCAUGGGCCACAAGGAGCUUGUGAAGCUGCUUCUUGAGCACAAGGCCAACCCAGACUCGGCUACGACGGCAGGUCACACACCCUUACACAUCGCCGCACGUGAGGGACACGUCCACACCAUUCGGAUAUUACUGGAUGCUGGAGCACAGCAAAUCAAGAUGACAAAGCAGAAAGGUUUCACCCCGCUCCACGUGGCCUCUAAAUAUGGAAAGGUGGAUGUAGCAGAGCUCCUUCUGGAGAGAGGAGCCAACCCCAAUGCAGCGGGGAAGAACGGUCUGACACCCCUUCAUGUGGCCGUCCAUCACAACAACCUGGAUGUUGUUAAACUCCUGGUCAGCAAGGGAGGAUCUGCACACAGCACUGCCCGAAAUGGCUACACUCCCCUGCACAUAGCGGCCAAGCAGAACCAGAUGGAGGUGGCCAGUUGUCUGCUUCAGAACGGGGCAUCACCCAAUUCUGAGUCCCUGCAAGGCAUCACGCCCCUACACCUGGCUUCACAGGAGGGAAGGCCAGACAUUGUGGCCCUGCUCAUCUCCAAACAGGCCAACGUCAAUCUAGGAAACAAGAACGGACUGACUCCUCUGCAUCUUGUGGCUCAGGAGGGUCACGUGGGAAUCGCCGACACGUUGGUCAAACACGGGGCCUCCGUUUACACCGCCUCACGGAUGGGCUACACACCCCUUCACGUGGCCUGUCACUAUGGCAACAUCAAGAUGGUGAAGUUCCUUCUGCAGCAGCAGGCUCAAGUCAACAGCAAGACGAGGAUGGGCUACACCCCUCUGCACCAGGCUGCUCAGCAGGGCCACACCGAUAUAGUCACCCUGUUGUUGAAACACGGAGCCCAGCCUAAUGAGAUAACUUCGAAUGGGACAUCUCCCUUGGGCAUUGCUAAGCGGCUGGGUUACAUCUCUGUCAUUGAUGUGCUGAAGCUGGUUACCGAGGAGUCUGUCUCCGCGAUCACUACAGAGAAACAUCGGAUGAGUUUUCCGGAGACGGUAGAUGAGAUUUUGGACGUCUCAGAAGAUGAAGGGGUUGCCCAGCUAACGUUAGGGGACGAGCUGCUCGGUAUGGACGGAGCGCGCUAUUUGAAGCUCGACGACUUCAAGGACCAGGACGAUGACUUUCUUUCCCCAAAGAAGACCCUCAGAGACUUUGAGGGUGGCAUGGGCACCACGCCAUAUUCUCCUGCCAUUCCCAGGAUCCCCUGUGUGUCACCAGAGACGGUUCUGCUGGAUCAGCACACACCCAUCCCUUUGCCAAAAGAGUAUGACGAGGAUUCUCUGAUCCCAAGCAGCCCGGCUACGGAGACUUCAGACAACGUCAGCCCUGUGGCCAGCCCCAUUCACACAGGCUUCCUGGUGAGUUUCAUGGUGGAUGCUCGAGGAGGCUCCAUGCGAGGCAGCAGGCACCACGGGCUGCGGGUGAUCAUCCCGCCGCGAACCUGCGCCGCACCCACGCGCAUCACCUGCCGCCUCGUCAAACCCCAGAAACUGACCACACCCCCUCCUCUGGUGGAGGGGGAGGGCCUCGCCAGUCGGAUAAUUUCCCUGGGUCCGUCCAGUAUGCAGUUCCUUGGACCCGUCAUCGUGGAGAUCCCUCACUUUGCCUCUCUGGGCCGAGGGGACAGGGAGCUCGUGGUCCUCCGCAGUGAAAACGGCUCGGUCUGGAAGGAGCACCGCAAUCGCUACGGCGACGAGGUGCUGGAAACUAUCCUGAACGGCAUGGAUGAAGACUUGGAGAGUCAAGAGGAGCUGGAGAAGAAGAGAAUCCGUCGAAUCAUCUCCACCGACUUCCCCCUCUACUUUGCCGUAGUCUCCCGCAUUCAGCAGGAGAGCGACCUCAUCGGUCCGGAGGGCGGCCGGCUCACCACUAAGCUGGUCCCACACGUUGAGGCCAUUUUCCCUGAGACUGCCGUCACCAAGAGAGUGAGGUUGGGACUCCAGGCGCAGCCAAUCCCAGAUGAGCUGCUGACUAGGCAGCUUGGUAACCAGGCAACCUUCAGCCCCGUGGUUACCAUCGAGCCACGCCGACGUAAAUUCCACCGUCCGAUCGGACUGCGCAUUCCUUUGCCGCCAUCCUGGAGGGAGAGUGUCCGUGAUGCUGGCGAGGGAGAUACCACCAGCUUGCGUCUCCUCUGCAGUGUCAUCGGUGGGACGGCACCAGCUCAGUGGGAGGACAUCACCGGAACCACCAAGCUGAUGUACGCCAACAACUGUGCCAACUUUACCACCAACGUGUCUGCACGAUUCUGGCUGGCAGACUGUCCGCGGACGGCGGAGGCCGUGACCUUCGCCAACCUGCUGUACCGUGAGCUAAUGUCCGUCCCGUAUAUGGCCAAGUUUGUUAUUUUCGCCAAGAUGAACGAGGCACGUGAGGGGCGCUUGCGUUGUUACUGCAUGACAGACGACAAGAUGGACAAAACUCUGGAGCUGCAUGAAAACUUCACAGAAGUGGCCCGCAGUCGAGAUAUCGAGCUGAUGGAGGGAAUGCCGCUGCACCUGGAGUGCUCUGGGAACCUGGUGCCCAUCCGGAAGGCCACACAGCAGCCUCGCAGCUUCAGCUUUCAGGCCUUCAGAGAUAACCGCCUGCCCGUCUCCGUCAAGGUCAGAGACAGUAACAAGGAUGCCAGCGGGUUUUUGUCCUUCCUGCGGAAGUGCACCAAGUACGAGGACACGCAGCACGUCCUGUGUAACCUUAACAUAACCAUGCCGCCCUGUGUCAAAGUUGUUGGAAGCGAGGAGCGCCGGCGGACUUUAACCCCUCUCGCCCUGAGGGAGCGCUACAGCGCGCUGAACGAGCCCGGCGUCGCUACAGUGAACGCCAUGGAGAGGACUGAGAUCAAAAUCAACAUCAUAUCUGAGCAGCUGGGUUUGAGUUGGGCAGAGCUGGCAAGAGAGCUUCAGUUUGGUGUGGACGACAUCAAUAGGAUCCGUGUGGAGAAUCCAAACUCCCUGCUGGACCAGAGCUCUGCCCUUCUCAAUUUGUGGGCCAGCAGAGAGGGCAAAAGGGCCAAGAUGGAGAGCCUCUACACUGCUCUGAGGAACAUUGAUCGCGCAGACAUCGUAACCUCCCUGGAGGGUCAGGCUCCGCAGCCAGUGCCCGGUUCGUCAGAGGAGGGCGCCUGUCGACUCAGCGACCGCGACUCCACCUUCCUGUCGCCCAGUGUCAUUAAUGAGAUCACGGACACAAGGCAACCGCGCCUAAUGCACAAGCCACGCGUUAUUAGACCCCCGUUUUUCAGAAGGGGUUAUGGGCUGGUGCAGGAGGAGCUUCUGUCCCCGGCCUCCAUGCAGUACAGCCUGCCCUCUCCGCUGGGCGUGGAGCCCUACUGGCAGGAAGUCUCCAGCCUCGAGUGCGCCCCCAUCGCCACCACGGAGGAGGACACUCUGAUGGAGAUGUCGGACGUUCAGGUGUGGCCGGCCGGGGUCAGCCCCUCGCUGGUCACCGUGGAGGACUCGUCGCUGGAGGGCAGCAGCCGGGCCGACGACUCGGAGGGCGCCACGCUCUCCCUGCCCUGCAGCUUGGGCCGCCCGAGCAGCGGAGCCAGCGGGGCCAGCGGCUCCAUCAUGGAGCUGGAGGAGGAGGAGGAGGAGGAGGAGGAGGAGGAAGGGGAGGUGGAGGAGGAGGAGGCGCCACAGGAGUGCACGGCGAGUGCGCUGGCAGAAAGGGACAGGGUGAGGGCCAGUGGCGCCGUGCCCAAGGUCAAUCUGAACGGCCAGCUGGGAGGUCAGAGGUUGGACGCGAGGAGAGGGGAGGCGGCGGCGGCGGCGGCGGCGGCGGCUGCGGGAGGAGGAGGAAUAAAAGGAGGAGGUGGAGGUGUAGGGCUGGGCUCAGUGGAAGGGAUUUCUGUUGUUGCAGGCCAGCAGGUGUACGCCCAGCGCUGCGAGAUUUCGGGAUUGAGUCGAGCCACGGAGCACAACGGAGACAACCGGGUGGUUGGAGGUGGAGCAUUUCAACCCUAUUUACCAGACAAGGACUCCCUGCAGAGCUGGGUGGGCUCGGUGUCGCCGGGACGCGACGGCGGCGGCGUGCCAGGCUUGCACGUGGCCCAGGAGGCUCUGCUGACUCCGGUGUGUGACACGGGUUACUCACAUGUGCUGCGCGGGCGCCUCCUGCAGGGCACGCAGCCCUUUGACAAGGGGCUGGGCUUCUCUCACCAGGAGGCGGGCCAGGGAGCCUGGCAACAGGAGCAGAGGCGGGGCCAGAGGCAAGAGAGGGAGGACUACGCCGCUGAGACGCAGUUCGUUGAGGAGCGCGGAACUACGCUCGUCAGGAAGGUAGGGGUGGAUGUGAGAAAGGGCGCUCAGUCAGUACAGCGCACCAGUCUGCGGAGAAUUAAACACUGAAAUACACUUACUACCCAGUCCUCCAGGACCGGAAAGCCACUGCCAAAACAUCCUCCGCUAAACCACGACCGGACCGGAGAGGAAAAUGAGCAGAGGAGGAGGAGGAGGAGGAGGAGGAGGAGGAGGACAAGUGUGAACUAUAAAAUGACAAACAGAAUCAUCCUCAACCUGUGACCAUGGAGCACCACAAAACAAAAGAAGAGGAAGGGGAGAAAAAAAAAAAACAAAAAGAAGAAGAAACUUGUAGUUUUAUAACAUUUGUAAAGAAAAAUAUCAACCAGAGUAAGGCAUGAAUCUUUUUUUUUUAUAAAAAAAAAACAACAAAAAACAACAACAACGGUAUAAAUGUUAGUAAAACGACAAAGAAAAAAAAAGCAACAAAGUGCUUCCUGUGAACUGUAAUCGCAUGAUGACUGCUGGUGCAUGCCCUUUGACCUUUUGAACUGUCAUUAUCUACGAACUGAAGGGGUGCGAGGUACGGGGCCGGCCCGCGCAUGGGUCGCAGGCCUUUUUAAGGACCUCCCCCGCCACCACCACCACCACCACCACCCCCCCUCCCCUCCAGCUGGAGUGGUUUGUUUCAGCGAGUUGAGUCCAACAACACUUCAGCCAAAAAAAAAAAGAAAAAAAAAAACAGUCCCUCAAUGGAUGGUCGUGCAAACAGCUGCGCCUGCGCUGAGCCCACCGACGCUUCUGUCACCGGACCCUUUCCCCUAUUACUCUCAAUGUGAUAUAUGCACUCUAAGCUACGUGGACAUGUGUCGGUGUGCGUGUAUGUGUGUGCGCGCGUGUACUCUCUCCUCUGCCGCAUGUGUUAUCUGCUUCUGGCUUGGCGCUGAGCCCUCGCCUCAUGAUUGGUUCGUCGUCCCCGUGGUGUUAACGGCGUGCUCAGCGCCGGAAUGAGAAAGCCGCCGUGCUUCCCGCCCUCCUCCUCCCCCUCCUCCUCCUCCUCCUCUCUCUCCCCCCUACCCCCCACACCUCCCCUCCCCACUCUCUCCUUUCGCUUGUGAGUUCUUGUCCUGCGUGUGCUGACGCUCGCUUCUUGUUGUUCGUUUCUUUGGAACACGUCCACCUUCGGCUCCCUUCGACUCCAGUAGACAACUGAACCUUGUGUUUUCAGGGGGGGGGAUGUUCUUCUUUGGGAAAGGCCGCCGGCCGCUCCGACGGCUCCGAGCGGAUGCGAAGCUUGACUUUUUUCCUCCCCUGUGCCCUUUCUCGAUGCUCUUCCAUCGUUUACUCCCAGUAGCGUUAAGUCGAAUCGAUCCUCAAUCCGUGUCAGUAGCCUCAGUCUUUAUGCAGUAGAAAUCCCAGGCCUCUCCCUCCCAUCAGCAUCUUACAGGCCCACCGUUGAGAGCUCCGUGUGCUCCCUCUCUUUAUCCCGCUCGCCGCGGCUGUAGCGCAUCGCUGUCCGAAUGUGCGUCGCCGUUUGAGGCAAAGCGAAACGAAGGAGCACGGGGGAUCUGAUCGGCGUGAGGACGGACGGACGCGUGGAGUUGCUGUGGAAGGAUGUGUGCAGCGAGGACAGACAGGUAGCACUGUGAUCGUCUUAUCAACACUGACCCCAGACUCGUGAAGCCGUCAAGACGCGUCGAAGCCCUCGCACGUGGAGCGAGCAAAAGCACACAAAACACAUUUAAACAACGCGCAUCACGCAGUUAAAAAAACGAUCACUUCCCGGUCAGGGCGUCGUUUGCCACAGCAAUAAUACAAGAACAGGAAGAACCAGGGCUUGGAAAAGUCUAAAGAAAAGACUCCUCGGUGAAGACACAAACUCCAUCUGGACCAACAGCACUCGAGUUUGACUUUGCUGCUGCUGCUGCUGCUGCUGCGCAGACGUCAGGUUUCGUCGCCCUUGAAGCGAAUGAGUCAGAGAGGACGUCGCGAUGCAGGAUCAGAUGACUCAGCUGUAGCAGCGCGGGGGCCGCGGAGGCCUGAGAGGGCCGUUUGCUUUUCAGCACUUAACGUAGCAAAUUAUAAACCAGGAUGUGUUCACGGAACACCUGUAAAAGGAGUUAGCCGCUGCCAAUCAGGUGACAUCCACCUGUCUUUUUCUUUCCACGUCUCACCCAGUCCAGAGACACACUGUAAACCAUCCGUCCGUCCACAUCUCCGAAAACACUUUAUGCAGAAACCUGACGGCAGCGCCGCGGAGGGGUCAUAUCACAGUAGCACACGUUUCCUGAAACUCGCAACACACUAUUUAUCCCAUAAGUACUGUAAACGCUACUGUAGCCUGAAUGACUGAGACACCGAGCGAAUGAUCGGUUACACAUCACAAGGGUGCACAUAUACUUUACCAUGCAUGAGAACCUCAUCCUUAUACAGCACAUGUUUUCUACAUAUCACGUUUUCCACUGUUACUCCACUCAGGUUUUCAGUUCUGCUCUGUCAGAAACGAGUUGUUUUUUUUUGUUUGUUUUUAAUUUCAAGUUCAGAGUCCUCCUCUCAAAGACGGGACCAGGAAUUAGGUGUUGGGGCCUUUUGGGGUGGGAUGCAUGCGAGGUGGAGGGGGUGUUUUGUGGAUAUGUGAAGCAGGGUGUGUGUUUGAGGGAAUGUGUGCGUGUGUGUGUGUGUGUGGGCGAGGGUUAAUUAUUUGAUUGAAGGAAAACCAAAAAAAAAAAAAUGACAGAUAAGUAUUGAGAGUGUGGUCGGUGACCGCACGUCUACUCAACCUUCCUCUCCGGUGCUCAGCUCCGACUGACACCUUUUCUUGAUUGUGUUUGUCCAGAUUCAGAUCCAAAGGUGUUUUUAGUGGAGAACAGAAUUAAUGUUGAGGAAUGUUCUUUAAUUGGACUUUCUUGUGGGUUUUUAGACAGACGCAACUCGUACAGUGUUUUUAUUUUAGAGGUGUCUUAUCAAAUCAUCAGUUAACUGAACCCAAAGUCCCGCUCCGUGUGUAGUGUACUUCACAGCUUUUAGGUAACCGAGGGCAGCGCGUCCCACCGUCUCUCGAAUGACUCACUUUCAUUAUGUUAGUCUUUCUGUGCGCUCUCAGAACAUAAAAUGCAUACUUUAUCGCUUGUUAAAGUUAUAAUUCUUAAGAUUAUACAUUAUGAAUAUGACGGCUCAUCUGGAGGGAUGAAGAAGCCCUUUCCGUAGUGAAGCCUUUAAAUAUACUUGGCAGUCUGGAUGUAAAAUAAUAAUCAUUGAAGUGCUCCUCUUCACUAAAGUAAGGUCCUGAUUCAGCAGAUAUUAAAAAAAAAAUUCAGCAACGUCCUUUAUGGAUGUUGAGGGUGGCACAUAAAAUCGAGGCAACUUGAAUAUUUUUAUUAAUUUAUCGACGCUUUGUGCUUGGAAAACCAAAAAAUCUAAAUCACAAUAAACCCCCAUAGCUGAGGCAAACACACUCCCUGUUACUGGAAGUGGCCCCAAAUACAUGCGAUCCUUAAUCCAAUAUUCAUUUUCCUUUUGUGCAUGAAGGAAUUGAUUCAGACAAAUAAUUAGAACAUCAGGAAAAAUAAUAGUGUAAAAAAAAAGUGGCAACUGUGAUGUCAUCCACUGGUUUGUGGGCUUCAUGACUUUCAAUUAUGAAGCUCAAGUGGUAGUGACUUGGCAAUUACAGGGCAUCCUUUCUCUGAGGCAUACCCUGGAAUAUCUUCUAUAUCCUAUAAGCCUGAAGAGUGAGUCAAUGUCAUACUUUACUGAAAACUUGAACCAUGACUGAAACCGUUAACUCUUUAGAAAAAUGUUCACAGACUUGUAUUCAAUCUGGUUUUGCCCCCUGCUGGCCAUUAGUCGCAGGGCAGUUUUAGACAUGCAGUUUUUUUUAGCUUGGACAUUUGUCUAUUUCUUAAUUAAUAACCAUAAAUUUGGUAGCCUCUUAAAACCCAAUUGUUUGUUGCCACUGAUAGCCACCAUCAGUAAAAGUUGUUCUAACCAUCAGAGACUGCAGGUGGCGCCAAAUCAGCCACAACUAAAAUCUUAAGCAUUAUAACUUUCAAGUAGUCCUCUCUUUGUUUACAGUGAAAAGACAGAUUGUCGGUGAUGUUUGAGAAAAGAAAAUACACUCAGUUAAAUCAAACGAUGUAUUGAGUAGUAGUUUUAUGUUGUGUAAAUGUGUUUUUUUUUCCCACUCUGAGCUGGAUUUUAACUUUUAAUAUCAUCUGGGUAUAGCAUCUGAAUAAAUCAGUCAGUGAUCCUGUGCACUCCACCAUGUUUGUGCGUACAGUAUGUAAGUGUGUGUGAUGAUGAUGAUGACGACGAUGAUGAUGAUGCUGGUUGGAUCAGAGGGAAGAAGAGAGAGCGUUUUUACCAGGCCACGGGACUCAAGAGGACGUGUAACCUACGACAAUGUAUUUAAAAGAAAACAGAAAAAAAAGAGUAUUGUAAAAACUUACCGAAGAAUAGAGAUCACCUAUACUCCUUUAGAAUGGAUACAUGACAAUGUAAACGCAAUAUCAUAUUACUCUAUCCUAAGGAAUGCAACUGCGCACAUGCACAAAAAAGAAGAUGUUUUUAUGAAAAUAUAUGUAUAAAUAUAUGACAAAAUAUAUUUAAUUAGAAUGCUAUGCACCCUCAUACAGUUGUUAUGGAUGUUCUUUAAGCGUUAUGUAGACUAGGCCGACGCCCACACCAUGGGGAAUGUAGAGGCUUUGUAGCUAUGACCACUUGUUUUCUUUUCUUUUGUAUUGUCCCGGAGAGAGGACAAACAGACGUGAAUAUGUAUACAAGCCUUUCAAUCAGAAUCGUUCUGACAUGAAGAUAUGUAUAGAUCAUCUUACCCUGUACACCAGCUCAAACCAUUUACAAGAGUUAAUAAACAAAGAUGUGACAGAAAAA